CUUCUUCCUCUUCUUUUUUAUCAUGUUUAAGCCUUCCUACUACGAAUAUAUUACAGAAAAACGGCUAGAGAAUUUACGUUUUUACAAAUAUGCUUCAAUAGAUAAAUCUUAUCUUUCAAAAUAUGUAUUAAGGCAUUAUUGGGAUUUUGCUAUCACCUUAUUUCCAAAAUGGAUAGCACCCAACUUGAUUACAUUGAUUGGUUUAUUGUUUAUGGUGAUAAAUGUGAUUAUCAUUUGCAUAUGGUCUCCACAUCUUUCUGAGGACGCACCCAACUGGAUCUGCUUUAGUUUUGCGAUAGGACUUUGGCUUUAUUCGACCUUUGAUAAUGUAGAUGGACGUCAAGCACGUCGUACUGGAUCAUCAUCGCCGCUAGGUGAAUUAUUUGAUCAUGGUUGUGAUGCCAUCAACUGUACCUUUGUUGCUCUCUUACAGACAGCCGCCUUCGGUUUAGGUCAUUCUUGGUUAGCGGUUAUUUUAUUGUUUGUCACAAUUGCUGGGUUUUAUUUAUCAACGGCAGAAGAGUAUUACACAGGUGUAUUGUACUUGGGUUAUCUAAAUGGUCCCACAGAGGGUAUCUUGGUGACUUGUUUAGCUUUCAUUUGGUCAGGAAUUUAUGGUGUUUCUUCUUGGCAUGUGGCCAUUAAAGAUAUUCCAUGGCUUCAUUGGACUCAUUUUCCUGAACAUAUAACAUGUGCCGAAUUAUUUAUAUGGGCUAUGACAUUUUUCUUUCUCAUUACUCAUCUUCCUGUCUGUGUUUAUUCUAUUGCUCAAGCAUGCAAUGAAAAAGGAUUGAAAAAAAGAAAUGUAUUCUUUAACCUCUUUUUCCCUUUGUUUGCUCUGACGUUUAUUAUUUGGAGUUGGUUAUGCAACUUGAUUAUUUUUAAGGAGCAGCUUUUUAUUGUAUUUGCCAUCUAUAUUGGAGUAUUAUUUGGUGAAAUGGCCUCUGAUAUCAUUUUGGCACAUCUUACGAAAUCUGCUUUUCCUAGCUUUGGAGGGGUUUAUACAUCUUUAUUUUUAUUCUAUUUGACAUUGGCUUUAGUAACUCCUCUUCAACGUAUUCUUCAUAUAUAUAUGAUAAGAGCCGUAAAAAUCAUUCAAGCAUUCUGUGAUUUUUUGAAUAUUCGAUGUUUUAUUAUAUCGAAACAAAUGGUUGUAUCCAACACAAGAGGUAAUAUGCGUUCAACAUUUUCUUUCUCUUUUUUUGUUUGUUUGUUUAACAUUGUUUUAUAUUUAGCUGAAGGAGAAACUGAAUCACUUUUAAUUACUCAAGAAGAAGGAACAAGUUAUAAUACAUUUCUUUAA